AUGGAUACAACGGAGAUGUGCAAUGCUGACAUGUAUACUGUAGAGAAAAUUGCUGUUAAUAUUAAAAGGGAGGUGGAGGAGGAGGACUGUGAGUGGGAAUCUGAUCACCCUAAACCGGAGAGGCUCUGCAUAAAGGAUGAGGAUUGUGACUCUGAAACAAUAGGCAUUAAAGAAGAGGGUGUCAAGUCCUUCCUGAUUGACACACAGAAACAUGUACUUACUGACAACGUCAAAGGAGAAGACCUCCAUUCAGAGUCUGCUCAUUGGUAUGAAUGUCAAGAGAGAUGCUGUUCAUUUGAGGUGUAUUCAGUCAAAGUGAAAUCUGACUCCGAUGAGGAAAUGUCAUCAAAUAGGGCCUUGGAAGAUCAACCAUCAUCAAAUGAAUCUGGAGAAAAUAUACAAGAUGGUGGAAGCUCCUCCUUGUCUUCAUUUCGGCAGAUUUCCUUUCACUGCAGAUCGCAACAGACAGCACUUAAAGGAAACGUGAAGAAAGCAAUAUCUGUAUCAGAAAUUUCAAUACCAACCACCUUGCAGUAUCAUUCUAUGACUGACGUGAACUCUCAACAUGAGGUGAACAGCACAAAUUCAAUUGAUUUGUAUAUUGAACAUGAGCAAACAAAAAGUUUGAAAUGCAAAUCUAAAAAAGAACGUAAUCAUUGUAUUCCUACAAAACGGAAGUCUCACUUCUGCUCUGAAUGUGGUAAACAAUUCUCAAAAAAGAGCCGUCUUGAAACCCACAUGAGAAUCCAUACUGGAGAAAAGCCAUAUCAUUGUAAUGCAUGUGGCAAACGAUUCUCUGAUAAAAGCUAUUUUUUGCUCCACACAAGGAGUCACACUGGAGAGAAUCCUUAUGGCUGUUCUGAAUGUGGCAAACGAUUUGCAGUAAAGAGUCAUCUUGAAACCCACACAAGAAUUCACACGGGAGAAAAACCAUUCCAGUGUAAGGAAUGUGGCAAACGGUUUUCAGUAAUGAGCAGUCUUCGAAGUCACACAAGGAUUCAUACUGGAGAGAAGCCGUACCGCUGUCCUGAAUGUGGUGAGAGAUUCACUCACUGGAGUGUUCUUCAGAACCACACAAUUGUUCACACUGGAGCAGCGCCAUAUUGCUGUUCUGAAUGUGGCAAGCAGUUUUCAAACAGGAGUAAUUUUCAGGCCCAUAGAAGAAUUCACACUGGAGAAAAGCCGUAUCACUGUGGUGAAUGUGGCAAACAAUUUUCAAAUAAGAGCAAUCUUCGAAGACACACAAAAAUUCACAUUGGAGAGAAAAAUUACUGCUGUUCUGACUGUGGUAAACUAUUCUUAUUGUUGGAUGAUCUUCACAGCCACAAAAGAAUUCACACUGGAGAAAACCCCUUUCACUGUCAUGAAUGUGGCAAACAGUUUUCAAAUAAGAGCAAUCUUCGAAGACACACAAGAAUUCACAUUGGAGAGAGAAAAUACUGUUGUUCUGAAUGUGGUAAGCGAUUCUUACAAAUGGAUGAUCUCCACAGCCACAAAAGAACUCACACUGGAGAAAAGCCCUAUCACUGUAAUGAAUGUGGCAAACGAUUUUCAGUUAAAAGUAACCUUCGAAGACACAUAAGACUUCACAUGGGAGAAAAGCCAUAUUGCUGUAACGAUUGUGGCAAACGAUUCUCUACCAGAUGUAGUUUUCAGAGACAUUCAAAGCUACAUUGGAGUAAAGAAAAUGAAAAAACUGACAAAAAGGAAACUGAAACAUUUUGGAGAAAUCUACACAACACUACCCAAGAAUGUACAAAAGAAGCAGAAUGGAGAAGUAAUCUAUACACAGAUAUAGAAAACACACAAGUAAAAGAAAUGAAAUAGUUUGAAGCAGCAGCCAAAGUAAUAGAAAUAGCACUCCAAGAAGAGCUACUGACUCAGAUCCUGACACCAUACCCAGCUUGUGUCAUACUCAAAACUAACCCCCAAUAUCAACAUAUGGCCAAGUGUGAAAAGAGGUUAAUGUGUCCAAUGUAGGUGAUACCACAGUGACCCAUCACAGGAGCAACUUUCCUUUGACCAAACUGGAGAAAGCCCAAGUAGCAAAAAGCUACCAACCCUAUAACUGACUCUCUUAAAAGCAGUUAACAUAAGAAUUUACAGUCACUUGGAUCAGAAUUAGAAAAUGUAGCAGUAGAAGGAGGAUCAAAGAAGGCCUCAGACCAGAUAUUGUUAAGGUAACUAAGGACAUCACUGAAUACUACAAGAAAGGCAGAACCCCAAUGCCGUCUGCAGAACCACCAAAGAAUUCAUGCUAAAGAGAACCCUCAUUUUUAUUCUGAAUAGGGCUUUUGUCCAUUGUCAAUUGUUUGCCAUAUCAGUGUAAUGAAUGUGGUAAAUGAUUUUUGUGAAUUAACUGUUUGAUGGAUUAGACAAGAAUUCACAUUGGACACAGAUAGGAUUUACAAUCACCAGGAUCUAAGUGAUUGGCAAUUAAACAGAACAACAACGAGAAGGUCAUAAAUCACAAAAGAACAGUUAUUGUGAACUAAAGUAAGGGUGCUAUAAGAAAG